AUGGAAGCACAGAAAAAUCAACCUGAAAAGCAGCCAUCACCUGCUGCUGUAGUCAUCCCUUCAUGUCACACAAAGAAGAAUGACGAUGCCGCUUUCUUGGAGGAUUUGAAGGACCGCAUUGAUGAGUUCAUCCAUGCAUCUAUGGAUGAACACAAAAAUUGCUUCCAGAAGACCCUGAAGAAGAUGUUUGGAAUGUCAAAGAUUGUUGCAGAAAGGAGUUCUGAAACUAAGGAGGUUGAAAGCUCUUUGCCCCUCCAAACAACAGUGUCGGACUAGAAUGCCUCCCCUCCCUUGCUGACAACAUGAUAUUUUAGGACCAUGAUUUUUUGCAAGGAUAAUAAUAUUAUAAAGACAAAGUUUAGUUACAAAAUUGGUUGUAGCCUAAACCUACAACCUUACUUAAUAUCAUUAACAUUACUAU